AUGGUGCGUCUGCUCGGCAUCCACGCAGUGGCAGGAUUCAUGAUUGGAUCUACACUCGCAGCUAUUAUCUCUCCCAAAUUGGAGGCCACCGUGUCCGUCAGUAGCACUCCAACCUGCUCUAGCGAUGCUAUCAGGCUGCAUUUGAGCGACCCUCCGUAUGAAAAUUACUUCUACGAAGAUUGCGCGAGCUCCUCUCACGUUGUUGUUACGAGCCCACUGGAAAACAGCAACUUGACAUUUAUAGGUCCCCGGUUAGUCGUCGCAUGGCCCGCUGGAAACAGCGGAGUGGUAGCAUUCUUUGCACCGGAGAAUGGCAAGAACGGAACGUUGGGAAUACAGCUUCAAAACUCUAUAGUGACUGGACAGACUCUCAAUCCUGUCUAUCUCCCUAGCAAGAAUCCUAGCUCUGACAACCCUCAAGUCGGGAUCUCUGGGAUCAUUAACUUUAACUCCUCAGCUAUUCUCACGGUUCCAAUACUCGGCUCUAUACGAACAAUACGUGAUUUUACCGAAGGUCCGAGUAUACUCAUCACCUAUAUUCAAGAUGCCAUUGCGUUCUCUGAAAUCCCGGGACGAGGUGUCAGCUUGAACAGAACAUGGCUGGACAACGUAACUACAACCUACCUGGACUUUGUGCCCAUCAAUGGCUCUGGUGCGGUAUCCAUAAAUAGAGCGGUCAACACAACACUGCGGUUCGAAAGUGGUUCCUAUCAGUUCACUGCAUCCUUCGAUUAUCCUCAACUCAAACCACUGAGCCCUUCGCAAGUCCUCGAUCCUUCUUCCAGCGACUUGACUCAGCAGAAUGUGGACCAGACAAUGUCUCUAUCCUUUUUGUCGUAUACCACUAAACUUCUGGCUGGGGCUUGGAGGUUUUUGACGUAUUUUGGCCGCGACAGCAUGCUUUCUUUACUCCUACUGCAGCCUGUUCUUAGUGAAGGCGAAGGGGGUGCAAUUGAAGCCGUCAUUGGGGCCUUUCUCGAACGCGUCAACCGUACUGAUGGAAGCGCGUGUCAUGAAGAGACUAUUGGCGAUUACACCACAUAUCUAAACCGGAACAAAAACAUCACGUCGACAGCUCCGCAGUGCGAUUAUAAGAUGAUCGAUACGGACUAUUACCUACCAGUCAUUUUGAAAAACUACUUCGUGGACUCCACCAUAGGAAAGAGCCGUCUCUCAGCCUUCUUCAACAUCACUGCAUCUGUUCUUGAAGAGAACUCCGAUCUCACCUACGCAGACCUAGCGCUCAUCGCGGUGGAGAAGAUUAUGAACACAUCAGCACCCUUUACAGCUGACGGUGGCCAAAUUAAAGACAACCUGAUUCACUUGAAAGAGGGCGAAAUCGUCGGCGAAUGGAGAGAUUCAACCUACGGCAUCGGCGGAGGACGCAUCCCGUACGAUGUGAACACGGCACUCGUCCCAGCCGCACUCCACAGCAUUGCCGCACUCUCGAGUGCCGGCUUCUUUCCCGAGCAUCCAGCGUGGAAUGAGACUGCGAGCCAGUACGCUCAGGUAUGGGAAGACAAGACCUUGAGGUUCUUUGAGGUUACGAUUCCGCAGUCGACAGCCGUGUCCCUUGUUGAACAGUACGUUAACCAGUCUGCCUUCACUGGCCCAUCUCACACGGACAACAUCACCUCUGACAUUGUCUUCCACGGCCUGGCUCUGGAUGGAAACAACAACCAAAGCGUUGUCCGAGUCUUAAAUACAGACGACUGCUUCCGGCUCUUCCUCCUCAACUCCACAAACCAAACCCAACUUAGCUCUUUCCUAGACCAGACUGCGGACCACAUACUCCAGCCAUUUCCGGUGGGCCUUUCAUCUCCGGUGGGCCUCUUCGUUGCCAACCCAGCGUAUGGUGAUGAUCCAGUCUACGCCGCCAACUUCACCAACUCCGCCUACCACGGCACCGUCGUCUGGAGCUGGCAGCUCGCCAUGACCGCCGCCGGCCUCGCGCGCCAACUAGGCCGCUGCGCCUCAACCACUCCUCCCGACUUCUGCGCCCAGACCGCCCUCCACGCCAAAAUCCACACCGCAUACACCCACCUCUGGGACCUCAUCGAAGCCAACGCAGCCCAGCUCAGCGGCGAAGUGUGGAGCUGGGAGUACGACAGCGACGGGUUCAGAGUCGUGCCGCUGGGCGCGCUGCCGCCGCCGCCGGGGACGAGUCCGACCGAGAGCGAUAUCCGGCAGUUGUGGAGUCUGACGUUUUUGGCGGUGCAUCGGGAGGAGUUUUAGGUAGAAGAAGUUGGGGCGGGGGCGGGGGCGGGGGAGGCGUGCAACAGAGGU